UCACGGCUCUCGUGAACGAGUAACCGGUCGAGUAGAGUAAAAUUUCGAUUCGAAUCGAAUAGGCAAAUCAUGGCACUCGAUUCGCAAGCUAGCGAAAUUUCUUCGAUUAUUAAUCGGUUGCCAAUUAGUAAAUGUAUCAUCUUUAACCAUUUCUCAAACGUAAACAAGAAAUAAAAUAUAUACAUAUCAGUUAUUAUAAAAUGAAUAUUUCAGUAUUUUUUUAUUCGAGCUCGUCUGAUUCUGAUAAUGACGUCAGUCAAGUGCAGAUACGGAGAGGAUUACGUGACAAAAGCAAUCCCUUAAGUUUACCAGCAGCAGCAUUCAAAAAACGUUUCCGACUGUCAAAACCUGCGUUCGAGUACGUGCUUUCGGAGCUUGAGUUUGAGGGGCAUAUGUCCACAUCAGUACCCUCCGUCUUGCAAUUAGCUGCUACGUUAUCGCUUUUGGGAAGUGGAAGUUUUCAGCACGUAAUCGGUCAGGAUUACCUAAUAGGAAUGGCUCAGAGUACAAUGAGCAAGACGAUAAAAUAUGUUCUUCAAGAAGUGGAAAAUAAGCUUUGUCCGAAAUUCAUAAAAUUUGUCCCGGAAAACUCGGAAGAAUGCAUUGAUACAUUCUUGAGCAAAUACAAAAUUCCUGGCGUUGUCGGAUGUGUUGACGGAACGCACUUUGGACUACAGAAGCCUACUUCAGAUGAGCACAUGUUUUUCAAUAGGAAGGGAUUUUACAGCCCUAAUUCAAUGAUA